GCUCCAAUGAUGCUCUAAAAUGUUGUCUAGGAGGGCAGCUCUUUCGGUUUAGAGGUACUUCCACUUCCUCAUCAGAAUAGUCACGUGGGAAGGUUACGAUCGUUUAAAUACGACUGCUGUUUGAGGAUGUUUAUUGAGCAGCUGGAGUACAGUGUAACAGCAUAGAUGUCCGAUUAUAAAUUGUUUUACAUGAGCGACGGUCAUCGGCAGAUGCAUCAGAUAGAAGGCAGGUAACGUCACCGGUCUGUCAGGUUGGAGAGCAUGUAUAUCGGAUCUCAUGUAUCAGGUCGUGAUUUGGCGCUUGAGUGGUUGAGUCCUGCUACAUUGAAACGCGCGGUGUUAAACGGAUUUAUGGUUCUUGCUUUCAGAUACGUACAAUAAUAAUGAUCUGUCUAUGAAAGAUGUACAUUAUGUCUUCAUCGGCGGAGAUGUGGUGGCUUUUACCAAAGAUGACGACUUUGGGGGGUUAUUCUCUGAUCCAUGGUCGCUUCCAGAGGAGUUUUCGGUGCCUUUGUUUACCCAUGCUGCCAAUGGAAAUCCCUGGACGAAGACAUCAUAUGCGAAAUUCUCUAAAGAUUUCGUUCUCAUCUCUGAGUUUUCUGAGCAGGUGGGUCCACAGCCAUUACUCACCAUUCCCAAGGACCCCAAAGUGUACGGGGCAUUUGACCUCAACUACUUCUCCCUCCGUAUCAUGUCUGUGGACUACCAGGCUUCUUUUGUUGGACACCCUCCUGGUAGUAACUACCCAAAACUAAAUUUUGUGGAGGACUCAAAAGUCGUCCUUGGAGAUUCCAAGGAAGGGGCGUUUGCCUACGUCCAUCAUCUGACCCUGUAUGAUUUGGAGGCCCGUGGGUUUGUACGCCCCUUUUGCAUGGCCUACAUUUCAGCAGAUGAGAGAAAGAUCAUGCAGCAGUUUCAAGAACUGUCAUUGGAGUUCUCCAAGGCUUCAGAAUGUCUCAAAUCAGGAAACCGGAAAGCUUUUGCGAACGAACUGGAAAAGAAACUGAAAGAUUUGGAGUACACCAGAUCAGUGCUGCACAAAGAGGAAGCCCUGCAGAAAAUGAACAAUGGAUGUUAUUCCACACAAACCAUCGACAAGGCGAAUGAAUUGGCAAAUGUUGAGAAGUCAAUCUAUGAACAUAAAGAUUUGCUGAAGCAAAUCACAUCUUAUCCUUCAAGGAAAAGGAAAGACGUUGAUUUUGUGCAAUAUGAUGCAACUAUACAAGCUGACACCACUGGAUUGGAUGAUGAUACACUAACUAGUAAUCAUUCCAAAAAAGCAGAUAAGAUGGUGGAUGUAGAAAGUGAUGGGCCUAGUAGGAAGUCUUCAUAUAUGCCUCAGCUUAUUAAUGCUAAAUCUGCCAAGUGCUUUGCUAAACGUUUGAAAACACUUGAAGAGCUCUGCACCACACACUUUUUUAACCAAACUCUAGAGCAACUAAACUCAAUUGAGAAGUCAUUCAGAGGAGAUCUCUGCUUGAUUUACACCAGCCAGAUUAACAAGGCUCUUCUGAACAAACAGAGAGUGUCUAGUUUUAUUUUUGAAGCAGAACGAGACUGGGAUGAAGGACUCUCAAAAAGUUUCAAUAUGUGUACAAACAACCCUCUAGUCCCCGUUCUGAACUUCUCUGGUGAGCCACUCAGUCUUGACUCCUACACCACCUGUGUUGAUGUAGAUCUUCUGAAACCAGGUGUGGAAUUAAUGGAAGGGUUUCCUGAGUCUAGCACAUCUGACAUCACACAGGAAACCUCUGAGGCGGCCGAUACGGAGACCAAAGGGAGUUUUGGUAGUGACCAGAGCAUUGAGGGGCUUUUAGGUGUUAGUCCUUCCAGUCUGCAGCCCAAUUACUUGGAAGGCCUUAAAAGAAAUGGUAAGGCAUCUUCAUCUGAGGACACCAACUCCAUAGCAGUUCCACAUGGGACAUCAGGUGGGAAUUCUUUAGAGGUUUUUGAAACUGGAAAUCUCAUCCCAAUGGACACUGCAUGCUGUAUCGGACCGGAGCAUUUUACUUAUGAGGAACUGUUACCAGAGCUUGCACAGGAAUGUUGUGGGGACACAGUGGUGAACCAAGAACCCUUGUCCCUUCUUCAAGGAGAUCCUGCUUUACACGUGGACUACAUCCUAAAAGAUUCAGCCCCCAAUGAGCAACUGCAUUGUUCUGAGCUAAACACUAGUGCUCUCUCUGAGGAGGUGGCGAGAAUUAACAUUGGAAAUGCCUCCGAUUCUACUAGUUACAUGAGUGCCUCUACCAAUUCUGAUAGAGCAGCGUCUCCGUUCACCUACAGCAGUCCGUUAACUGUGAAGCAGAAGAAGAAGGCUGGUCAUAGUGCUCUAAGAUUCAUCAGACAAUAUCCAUUCUCUCAGCAAGCCAUUUUUUGCCUACUAAGUGGCCGAACACUUGUCAUUUUUGGGGUGGAUGAAUGCACAGUAAGGAAGUUGGUCAAUGCUUUGUUAAUUUUUGUGCCCAACCUAGGCAAAUAUGGCGAAACCGUCCAGCCGUGGCUGUCGAUGCCAUUUCAGCUUACCGACCUGCACAGAUGGAAACUCAUUGGAUUGCAGAGAGCUGCCUCCCCUGCGGGAUACAGCAUACUCCACUCUUUGAACCGAUACAGUCGUUACAUAAGCAUUUUGGACUGUGACAAUAAGACCCUUCGAUGUCCACCAUACAAAGGAAUGCUAAUAAGCCAUCUGGCAGACCACAGGACUCAAAUUAAGCGUGGCAGCACCUACUUCCUCCAUGUUCAGAGUAUGUUGACUCAGCUCACAGCAAAGGCCUUCCUUUUCACAUUCUGUCACCACAUUCACCUUCCCAUGGACUUCAACGACCAGGGCUCAGUCAUAUCACGCAGGACUAAUUUCUUGUUGCAGCUUGGAUACACUGUGGAAGAGAGCAAAAUCAUCAAGUACCUGAGUGAGCUCAUCAAGCAACAUUACGUUCAGGGUCCCUCAAAGGGUGUCAACCAGUCAUUCUUCAAUUUUAACUACACCACCAGCUAUUUGUACAAAAUCUGAAUGUGAGGAUUUUAUUACUGUUUAAUGUUAAAGAAAUGGUUCACUCAAAAGUUUAAAAAAAAAAUAUUUAAAAAAAUCAUUAUUUACUCACCCUAAUGUUCGUCCAACCAUGUAGGACUUGGUUUCUUCCAUAAAAUGCAAAAGGGAAUUAGUAUAUUUAACCAGGUUUACUUGCCACAUGAUGUUAUUAGUGACUCUGGUCUGUCAAGCCAUUCAAGCUUCAAGUUGUUUUUCAAUGUCAAAUCAUUUCAUAUUAAUAAAGCGCUUAAAUAAAAUAUGGCAGCCACACUGACAACAUCAAAUUGAAUUGGUUCUGAUUUUGGGACCAAACAUGCAAAAUGAUGUCAUUGCAUUUGGUCAUAAGUUUGUGAAUUUAUUGUUCUUUCUUUCUUGCAAGUCACAAUUCACUUACAGUAUGGCGAGUAAACCCUAAGAAUACCUUUUAAAAAAUUUACCUUUUGUGUUCCAUGGAAGGAAAAAAUGUCAUGUGGGUGUGAAGCUACAUUAGGUUGAGUGAAUUAUGAGUUUUCUUUUUUGGGUGAACUAAUUCCCAUUAACUCCAGCUAAAAUCAAGAGAUCAAUGUAUUGAAUGUAAUUUUUGCUUAUUUUUUUGUGAAUAUUCCCAUGACUUUCCGAGAAGUGGAUUGCUGAAAGUCCGGUGUUUCUAAUGGGGUCUUGAAUAUUUGUUAAGUGCAGUAGUUCCAUAUUUAAAGAGCCAAACAUCCAAGGGCUGCAUUUCCCAAAAGCAUUGCAAGCUCUUUGUAAAAUAACAAAUUCAUGCACAAGACAUUCAUGGAGUCGGAAUGUGGGCAUACAAACCAUUUUUAUUUUGCAUCUCAUUUAAAGACGUAUGAUACUUUAAGUCAUCAUAUAAUCACCCUUAGGUUGUUCCAAACCCAUACGAGUUUCUUCCAAUGAACGCAAAAUGACAAUGUUGGCCUCAGUCACCUAUUUUCUAUUUGUUUGCACAGGAACAACAGCUGGAGGGGAGUCGCUAAUCAUGAAUUCAUUAAUCUGAUCCUGGUAGCCUGUUUAAUUAUUAACAAUACCCUUCUUAUGCCGUCAUAAUAACUGCAAUGUUGCUGCAUGAAAAUCAUAAGCAUAUUUAAAAUGGAACUAAUUGCAGCAUCAACAGAACAGUAUUUUGUAAAACAUCUCAACAUGCUACCAUUUACAUUUGCUAAUUAUAGCCUUUAUUAAACUUCCAUUAGAAUUAGGUUGCUUUCCAUUUGUUUAAAUUAUCAACAAUUUGAUGUUAAUGGAUUGGUCAGUGAUGUUUGCCUUUUUAUACUUGCAUUGUUGGAUUAUGAAAUAAUUGAAACUAAAUUAAUUAUUAAUACAGGGAAAACCUGCAAGUCAUCCUGAGCUGUCUUCUUUUUCCAUCCUUUCUACUGGAAAUGUAUAUCUGAGGUAGAUUUAUUUUAAAAUACAAAGCCCAUGGUUAAUUACAUAUAUGAAUAAUGGUUCACAAGAGAUUGAGAUUUUAAACAAAUAUGAGUUAUCAACUGCCCUCUGUAUUUUAAUGUAUUUAUGUGUUAAAGUGAAAGAAUGUAAUGCAUGUAAAAACGUCACAUCGUGGAGAUCUGUUACACAACUGUCUGCAUGUUUGGAGAAAACGAAGAUUUAAUGGUGGCAUUUAUGGACACUUCCAUUGUUUUUCACAUGUUGUAUCAUUCUUAGAUAUUUAAAACUAAUAUAAAUUGUUGUGUGCAAGCAAUGUCAGCAUGAGUAUCUGUGUGGAUGAAAUGACACUUCAUUCUUAUGGCAGUUGCAGUGACUGUGAAAUUAAGACUCAUAAAUGGUGGCUGUUGCCAAAAUACAUGGCCUGUAAUUGUUAUUCACACUACUGCAUAAACAGAGUCAUAGUCCAAAGUUACAGAUCUUUUAACAGCCACCU